UUGUGAUGUUUCGUGGGAUUUACACUAUCUUUGGUCUGGUUGCUGGUAGUAUCUUCCCCUCCUCGGCGAGAAAACAAUGGUGGUCACAAGCAACGGCGAAGGAGGAGUUCAGCCAAAAACUGAUAGGAGAAGCGAGCUCAAGGCUUUCGACGAUUCGAGAACCGGCGUGAAGGGCCUCGUCGACGCCGGAAUCACAAAGAUCCCGCGUAUAUUUCUCCACGACAAAGCCCUUCUUCCUCACAAGUCCGCCUCUGGCGAAUCCCGCUUCGUUGUUCCGAUCAUUGACUUCGAACCCAUUAACUCAGGACAAGAACGGCGCCGUGAAAUUGUGAAGAAAGUGAGAGACGCCUGCGAAAACUGGGGAUUCUUCCAGGUGAUUAACCAUGGAGUUCCGACGAGCGUUUUGGGGGAGAUGAUUGAAGGGGACCGUAGAUUCCACGAGCAGGACGCUGAGGUGAAGAAGCAAUUCUAUUCGCGUGAUGUUACAAGGAAGUUCAUAUACAAUAGCAACUUUGAUCUGUUCCAAGCGCCGGCGACUAACUGGAGGGAUACCAUUUCUUGUGUUAUGGCUCCUCAGCCUCCUCAUCCUGAAGAGCUUCCUGCGGUUUGCAGAGACAUACUGAAAGAGUACUCGGAUUACAUUUGGAAAUUUGGGUUCACUCUGUUAGAGCUGCUUUCGGAGGCCCUGGGGCUCAACUCUAAUCACCUCAAGGACAUGGACUGUGGUGAGGGGAUGUUUGUUGUUGGCCAUUACUACCCAGCUUGCCCAGAACCAGACCUGACUCUUGGCACCAGCAACCACACAGACAGUGGCUUCGUCACUGUGCUUUUGCAAGACCAGAUGGGUGGCCUCCAAAUCCUUCAUCAGGAUCAAUGGGUUGAUGUUCCCCCUUUGCCUGGCGCUCUUGUCAUUAACAUUGGAGAUCUACUUCAGUUAAUCACAAAUGACAAGUUCAAGAGUGUCAACCACAGAGUUGUAGCCAAAAAUGCAGGUCCAAGAAUGUCAGUAGGAAGCUUUUUCAGAACACAUUUCCAAGAAGGGGUUACCCCAAGAGUUUAUGGGCCAAUCAGAGAGCUGCUUUCAGAAGAUAAUCCUCCAAUUUACAGAGAAACCAGCAUUAAGGAAUACCUCUCGCAUUAUUACAACAAAGGGCUCGAUGGAACCUCCCUCUCACCUUUCAAGCUCUGCCACUAGGGUUAAUUUGCUCUCUGUUUCAUUGCUAAUUCCAAGUCUUUGUGGCUACUACCAUUGAAGUCUUGUGAUCAAACAUGUAAUUUGGUGGAACAUGUUAUUAAUCUUUUUCCAGAACAGGAUUAAUCUGUUACUAGUAAUAUCCUACAAAACUGAGUACCCACAUGAAACUUGGUUUUCGAAAUAUCUUUUUUAUUUAUGUUAA